CCGCGCCUGUGGCAGCCGGGCAGCAUGGCGGCGGUGGAGACGCGCGUCUGCGAGACGGCCGGCUGCAGCAGCGAGGCCAAACUGCAGUGCCCGACCUGCCUCAAGCUGGGUAUCCAGGGUUCCUACUUCUGCUCUCAGGAAUGCUUUAAGGGAAGCUGGGCCACUCACAAGUUACUACACAAGAAAGCAAAAGAUGAAAAAGCUAAGCGAGAAGCUUCCUCCUUGGCCCUAGAAGGUUACGUUAACACAAAUCCCUGGUCUGGUUAUCGAUAUACUGGUAAACUCAGGCCACACUAUCCACUGACACCAACAAGACCUGUCCCAAGUUACAUUCAGAGACCGGAUUAUGCUGACCACCCACUAGGAAUGUCUGAAUCGGAACAGGCUUUAAAAGGAACCUCUCAAAUAAAGAUACUCUCAUCUGAGGAUAUAGAAGGGAUGCGAGUAGUGUGUAGGCUUGCUAGAGAAGUAUUGGAUGUUGCUGCCAUGAUGGUGAAAGCAGGCAUAACUACUGAAGAAAUUGAUCAUGCUGUCCAUUUAGCCUGUAUUGCAAGGAAUUGCUAUCCUUCCCCUCUGAAUUACUAUAAUUUCCCUAAGUCAUGUUGUACGUCAGUGAAUGAAGUGAUCUGUCAUGGAAUUCCUGACAGGAGGCCGUUGCAGGAGGGAGAUAUUGUUAAUGUGGAUAUUACUGUCUAUCGGAAUGGCUACCACGGAGAUCUGAACGAGACGUUUUAUGUCGGAGAAGUUGACGAGGGUGCAAGAAGGCUUGUCCAAACAACUUACGAGUGCCUAAUGCAAGCCAUUGAUGCAGUAAAACCUGGUGUCCGAUACAGAGAACUGGGAAACAUUAUUCAGAAGCAUGCUCAAGCAAAUGGAUUUUCAGUGGUUCGGAGCUACUGUGGGCAUGGAAUCCAUAAGCUUUUCCAUACAGCUCCUAAUGUGCCACACUAUGCCAAAAAUAAGGCUGUUGGAGUCAUGAAGCCAGGUCAUGUAUUUACAAUUGAACCAAUGAUCUGUGAAGGUGGUUGGCAGGACGAGACGUGGCCUGAUGGUUGGACUGCAGUAACAAGAGACGGGAAGCGAUCGGCCCAGUUUGAGCACACGCUGCUGGUCACCGAUACAGGCUGCGAGAUCUUGACCCGGCGGCUGGAUAGCAUUCGCCCCCAUUUCAUGACUCAGUGAUAGUCAGGACUGAGCAGGUGGACCUGAAUGAUACAUAUUUUUAUUUUUUUUGGCCUCUGUACUAUGCAUUUUUUUAAAGAGUACAGAAUAGAGAGAUUCCAUCGUUUGCUUUGUUCUCAGUGAUUGGUAGAGGGAUAUCCAGAAGAACCUGACCCAGUACCUGGAAAAGCAGGGAAGAAUUUAAAGCAUUUCCUGCUUUCCUUCUACCUACAGCACUCAUGCUAUGUUUUUCUUUUUUCUUCAAUUCUCUCUGUAGCACCUUUCUUUCAGUUAGCCCCACAACUGCUUCUGUUGCUGCCAUGGUAUUAGCUAGAAAAGUUUGGAUAACCUUUCCCACUGGGACUUGAUAUUUUGGGAUCCAGGUUUUUUUCACCACUUCAGUGUGCCCUGUUGCUCUUGGUAUGUGAGUGGCACCUGAGAUUUUAAGCAUUUCUAGUUCCAAAGACUUGUUCCUGCUUCUGCAGAUAUGGUUCUAAUGGGCUGGGCCUUGUUUGUUUAUCAGUUGAGAAGGGGGCAGAAAGGAGAAAGAUAUGCACGUUGCCAAGAAUAGGCUACCCUUACCUUUAAUUCUGUCCCCAUCUCUUUGCUGGUGGCCUCCAGCGAUGGUGACCAUACGUGACACACUGUAUUAAUGGCAGGACUUGUUUCUUUUGCUGGAGAUUUGAUAGUAUGGGCUUCCUGCAGGGAAAAUUAAUAAUUUCUGUCUUAUGUGCAGCUCCCUGGAAUAAGCUGCUUCUUGGUGAAGCAGCUGUGCAGGCAGUCUCCUGCUCCAAAAGCUUGGUGAAGCUGGUGUAUUGGAAUUGCCUAGGUAAAGAAACGAAACAAGAACCAGAAAGAUCCCAUGAUUCAUGGGAUCCCUGCAUGUGUGAACUGUGGGACAUUUCUUAAAGGUACAUCCACAGUACCUUUGUGGGGGUCUGGAUUUGCAAGACAACUAAGUAUGUAUCUCAAAACA